UUAUCCAAUUCAUUUUGCAUUUCUGCUUUCUCUCUCUAACUGUUCUUCUUCUUCUCCAUUUCUCUUUCUUCUGUACGUCUCUUUUUCUCUCUCCUAGGGUUUGUAGCAAUGGCGCAAGAAGAAGCACAGAACGGAGGAGCUGAUCAGAAGGAAGCAACUAAGACCGCCGUCGCAGCGGUCACUUUCACGGCGGUGAAGCCACAGCUGUUCGUGGAGGCACCGAAGGCAAACGACGCCGUACAGUUCUACAAAGCUGCUUUCGGUGCUGAGGAAGUGACACGUGUCAACCAGAAAAGGAAGGCGGAGCAGGAGAUACCACUCCUCUCCUCCGUUGAGCUCAAGCUUGGUUCCUCUUCCUUCCUUGUCUCUGACCUUCCUGACGAUGACUCUUCUGCUCCUGUCAAGGCUGCUACUACUGGAUGUGUUUUCUGCUUGGAGACUGAGGAUGUGGAAGCUGCUGUAGCCAAAGCUGUCUCUGCUGGCGCUGUUUCUGAGGGCGAAAUAGCCGAAGGUGAUGGUGCUGCUUAUUGCGGUGGGCGUGUGGGAAAGUUGAAGGAUCCUUAUGGAAAUAUCUGGAUGAUUUGCUCUCCUGUGAAAAAAGCCGAGUAAAUGCAAUGCCCCAAAGUCCUUAAAUCGGUCUCUUUUGCCACUUACGCUGCUGCUUAGUCUUGUUCAGUACUACUUUUGCUUUAUGUCUUUAAUGAAAUCCGGUUUUCUAGGAGAAACUUUGAUAUAACUCUAGCUAGGUGUUAAUGGAGGGGUUCAGUUUGACAGUUUGGUAAAUUGUUGAUUUUGAACAUUGAACUUUUAUUUGUAGUUUAUCUGACAUCUUCCUUCUAGUAGAUGAUUUCUGCUUGUUACUGAUUAAUUACAGUAUUAUUGUUGGA